UUUCAUUGAUCCAUUCCCACACACCAACAAACACAGUUCAUAACAGCAUUUCCAGCAGCUUGUUAUGUUCUUUUGAGUUUUAACUCUCUCCUUUCACACUCAUUCACUUCACUUCAAUGCCAACAACAACAAAAAUUUCUCUGCCAUCUCUCUUCCAUGUCCACUUCUUCAUCUCAUAAACCAUUAUUUCCAUUGCCCCCUUCUCAGGUAACUUCCCAUUCCCACACCACAAGAAAAAGUUCCCAUUACACAUGCUUCCUUUUGUCCUAUACUCACAUGGGAACACUAUUACCCCAUAAAAAAUGAACUCUUUUCAGUCUCUUUCAUGAUACCCAGAUCUUAAUUCUCCAUUUUAUGCCACCCCAUUAUCUCAAAAUCUUAACUUGCUUCUGGGUCACAAAAAAGAUAAGAUUUUUGUUUUUAUUUAUUUCCCUUUCAGAUAAAUGAAAACUACCCUUAUGGUGAUACUAGUACUAGUACUAGCUUCAGCUACAUUUCUUGUAAUUGUUGCACUUUAUGUGUUCUUAUACUUGAAAAGAUUAUCAUCAAGAGAUGGAAGUGAGAGGAAGGAUAUAGAGAGCUCAGAACAGCAGAAACAGGAAGAAGAAGAAGAGGAGGUGGCUAUGAAGGAGGACUUGAUCAUCUUCCAUGGUGGUGAGGAUUUGACAAUUUGUGAUAUUUUGGAUGCUCCUGGUGAGGUUAUUGGGAAGUCCAAUUAUGGAACUUUGUAUAAGGCUUUGCUUCAGAGGAGCAACAAGGUGAGGCUUUUGAGGUUUCUGAGGCCAGUUUGCACCACAAGAGGUGAAGAUUUGGAUGAGAUGAUUCAGUUUCUUGGAAGGUUGAGGCACCCCAAUUUGGUGCCUCUUCUUGGAUUCUACACAGGUCCAAGGGGUGAGAAGCUACUUGUUCAUCCUUUCUAUAGGAAUGGAAAUCUGACUCAAUUCAUUAGAGAUGGAAAUGGAGAGUGUUACAAAUGGUCUAACAUAUGCAAAAUAUCCUACGGUAUAGCCAAAGGAUUAGAGCAUCUUCACACUGGACUAGACAAACCAAUCAUCCAUGGAAACCUCAAAUCGAAAAACAUCCUUUUGGAUCGGUCUUACCAACCGUACAUCUCAGAUUCCAGCCUCCACCUUCUGCUGAAUCCUACUGCCGGCCAAGAAAUGCUCGAAAGCUCGGCUGCUCAAGGAUACAAGCCACCAGAGCUCAUCAAGAUGAAGGAUGCAAGUGAAGAGACUGAUAUAUACAGCCUUGGUGUGAUCUUCCUCGAAUUGCUUUCGGGAAAGGAACCUAUCAACGAGCAUCCGACACCUGAUGAGGAUUUCUAUCUUCCCAAUUUCAUGAGAAAUGCUGUUCUUGCACAUAGAACUGCUGAUCUUUACCAUCCAGCCAUUCUCCUUAGAAACAGCAGAGAUGACAAGAAGAAUUCGGUCAGUGAAGAAAGCAUUCUCAAGUUUUUCCAACUUGCAAUGGCUUGUUGCUCCCCUUCACCUUCAGUUAGGCCUAACAUAAAGCUAGUCCUUAGAAAGCUUGAAGAGAUUAUACACUAGGAAAAGAAAUCUAUAGUGGUAAACCAUUAUUGCCCUUUUGAAGCAGUUUACAACUACUAUAGUUCUCUCCAAAUUCAUAAUAUACAUUGAUGUGGUUGAAUAUACUAACGUUUAUGGAUUCAGGCUCCUCUAAAGUGCAGAUCCGAAUGCACUUCGGAGAGUAAAGUGCAAUGUCUGAACAAUUGAUGGGAAAAAAAUUGACGACACAGAUUGCAUGAUUAGUUACUCUGGCCGUUAAUUUUCUCAUCAAUGGUCUAAAACAUUGCACUUUACCUCCGCACUUUAGAGGAUCCAAAUUCAAGAUUUAUAUAUGAGAAAUGAGAGAGAAAAAAAAAUGUGCUGCUUACAAAAAAUGUGGAAUUGGCUACCAGACAAAGAGUUCAAGAACAGUUGAUGCUGAUGUUGAUGUUAAAGGUUAAAAAGUCAAGUGUGAAGAAAAGUAUAGCUACAAAUUGAACACAUUAAAUUCUUGCUCACAAAUUAAGUUACUGACUUCAUUUUUGGGA